AUGAUUUCAUUUGUUUUUCUUUUUGCAAAGCUUGGUGCUGAUUCAAAUACACGUUCUGGUGGUAUUCUAUGUUCUGAUAUUUAUCUUGCAUGUUCAUUUGGUGAUCGAACAUUAACUAAAAUAUUAAUUGAAUGUGGUGGAUAUGUUAAUAUAUUAGAUCGUAAUGGAAAAACACCAUUAAUCUAUGCACUUGAAUAUCCUUCAUCAAAUUCGACAUUUGAUUUAAUUUCAUAUUUAAUUGAGCGUGAUGCACAAAUCAAUUUUAAAGAUCAAAAUGAUCGUAUUUUACAAACAAAAGAAGAAGACCAAAGAGAACGUGAAGAAGAGGAUAUAUCUGUGGAAAAUGCUAUUGAUUAUAAUAUACUUCGUUAUGCUCUUUCAUGUUUAUCAUAUAUAUCAUCAUUACAAUGUAUUGAAUAUAAAAAUCGUUUAUAUAUAAUUGAUUUAUUAAUUAAUCAAUAUAAAAUUGAUUCAUCAUUAUGUUAUGCAAUUAUUGGAAAUAAUUGUGAACGUAUAUUUAUUUUUUAUUCAUUAAUUCGACAACGAAAUGAUUUAGAAAAAUUUGCUUGGAAUAUAUUUAUAAAUAUUAAUUUAACAAAAGAAAUUUUUGAUAGUAUACAAAUUAUUAUGCAAAUUAUAUUUGUUUAUAGUCAUUAUUUUUCACAUAUUAUUUAUUUAUGUCAACGUUUUAAAAUUGAAAAUUAUUUAUCUCUUUUAAUAUAUUAUAUUGAACGAGUAACAUUAGAUGAAAAAUCUAAUCGAUUUUUAUCUACUUUUAUAUUUAAUUUAUAUUGA